AUGAUUCCUCCGGCAAAAUUAAAUGAUUUCUUCAACAUCGUCGACGACUUCCUGAAGAAAACUUUCAGAGAUGAGUCGUUUCUAUUCGCUGCAGUCAAGUCCAGGCAGUAUUCCGAGUCUUUUCCGGGUGAACAACUCUUCUUCACCUCCCCGCCUUCGGCGACGACUGACCAGCCCUCGGAUGAGAGCCUUCAAGCAGGAGGAGGCGAGUUGAGGAAAACGCAAAAUUUUAUGUACUUCUCGCCCCGUCUAAUUUUCAACAGAGACGGAGGGUACCAUGGGAAGGUGAAGUUGCACAGUGGUGUUCACGUGCCGCAGGUGUGUCGGUUUGAGCAAGGGAUUGCUGUGAACAGCGAGGGGUUGGCAUCGGGUAGCGUCAAGGUUAGUGAUCUUCUCGAGGGAAUGGAGGUAAAAGGGCGUCUCGCAGUAAACACAAUUGCUCCUCCGUCAAAAGAUGUGUGGUCCGUUGCAAUGGAUUACCAGCGUCGUGACUUCUAUUCCACACUUAACUAUCAGAGGAACGGAUUGGGAAGCAGUGACUUGCUUGUUGAUUGUGGCACGAAAUUUUUUAAUCUUCUUGCGGGUGCCGGAUUUGAGCGGCAGAAAGUUUCGUUUCUUGAGCAACAGGAUCACACCGCGCAGUUGGACGUGCUUUAUGCGGGGGUUGGCUUUACUGGGGUGAAUUGGUCCGUUGGUGCAAAGUUAGUGAGAGCGAACGAUAUGUGGAGCGCGGCACGCAUUGCUUUUUAUCAGCGCGUGGUGCCCGACACAUCGGUGGCCUGCGCAUACAAUUUCGAUAUGGAGGAGUCACGCGUACAUGUCUCGCUGGGAUUUUCACAGGGUUUUCGGCUUCGCGUCCCCACGAUUCUGCAGCAGCGGGCGUGUGAGCAGUUGGACGUAUGGACCGCCAUUCUCCCGUUUGUAGGAGCAUUCAAGGCGGAGAGCGGUGGCUUAUGUGCGGCAACCAUUCGUGGCAUAUUUAAUGGCGUGGUGCAUUGGGGUUUGGUGGCGCAGAAGAACGUGUUGGUGGAGAACAGUCCCAUCCGUUUCGGUCUCACUCUUUCCGUGGAAUCCGGUUGA